UCUGGCAAGUCGUUCACAGAAGGUUUAUUUUGGCUUUCCUCGUCGCUCUUCCGCCGCCAUUAAAUACACAGAACAACACCAUGGGGUUCAGAUAUUAAAAUGAUUUAGAACUGAAAGGGGAAAGGGGGUCGUUUCCACAUCGGGUAUCUUCUAAUUGUUGUGAGUUCUGACAAAUCGGAACAAUGUAAUACGUUGAGGUCACACAAAACAGACAAAACGGGAAAGGCUCAAGCUCGAGAGGACGAGGGACUGCUGGGCAACUGGAAGGGUUUGUUGUGUUUGUGUACCCGAGGAAGAAGUAAUACUCUCCUAGAAACAGCACUGUGUUGCCUGUCCUCUUUACGGGAUCUGACAGAAGUGUGUGAGAGGGUGCCUGUGAAUCUGACAAAUCAGCAAUGACGGAGCUUGGGGUGAAAUGGGCCUGUGAGUACUGCACUUAUGAGAACUGGGCAUCCGCAAUUAAAUGCACCAUGUGCCGUGCCCCAAGGCCCGGUUCUCCUAUCAUCACUGAGGAGCCCUUCAAGAGCAGCCCAAUGCUGGACCCUGGCCGUGAGUGGGACCCCCCGAGGGAUGAGGGGGGUGGCAGCAGCCUCCUCAUUUGCCCUGACUCCAGUGCACGACCCCGUGUCAAGCUGCCAAACCAGGCUGAAUCCAGCAGCAAGUGGACUUGCCACAUAUGCACCUACCUGAACUGGCCUCGUGCCAUCCGUUGCACCCAGUGCCUGUGCCAGCGCACACGCACGCGCAGCCCCACCGAGUCCCCGCAGACCUCAGGUUCCGGCUGCAGGCCGGUGCCCCCGCCUGUGGACCCUUGCGAGGAGUACAAUGACCGCAACCGACUCAACACACACACUCAACACUGGACCUGCUCCGCCUGCACCUAUGAGAACUGGCCAAAGACUCGCCGCUGUGUUGUGUGCGACCAUCCCCGGCCCAACAGCCACCCAGAGCCCAUCCAGCCGCCCGAGUCGGACGACUCUUCCUCUUCACUCAUCAACGAGCAGGACCGAGCUCGCUGGAGGGCCGGGGGAGGCAGCUGCAGUGGCGCCGGGAGUCAGCGCAGGUCCCCCCCCACCUCCAAGAGGGAGGCCGAGCUGCAGAUCCAGGACUUUCAGAGGAUCGAGCUGGCCGCAGCUGCCAUGAGCACCAAGGAAGAGCAGGAGGUAGACUUCAAAAAACUCAAGCAGAUCAAGAACCGCAUGAGGAAAACGGACUGGUUAUUCCUCAAUGCUUGCAUAGGUGUGGUGGAGGGUGACAUGGCUGCCGUCGAGGCCUACAAGUCAUCCGGUGGCGACAUCGCCCGGCAGCUGACCGCAGACGAGGUGCGGCUGCUCAACCGGGCGUCGGCGUUUGACGACGGCUUCACACUGGUGCACCUGGCCAUCCGCUUCCAGAGGCAGGACAUGCUGGCCAUCCUGCUCACUGAGGUCUCGCAGCAGGCGGUCAAGUGUAUCCCGGCGAUGGUGUGUCCAGAGCUGACAGAGCAGAUCCGGCGCGAGAUCGCCGCCUCCCUGCACCAGCGCAAGGGAGACUUUGCCUGCUACUUCCUCCCCGACCUGGUGACCUUCACCCUCCCAGCAGAUAUUGAGGACCUGCCUCCUGCUGUUCAGGAGAAACUUUUUGAUGAGGUGCUCGACCGGGAUGUCCAGAAAGAAUUGGAGGAGGAGUCUCCAGUGAUUAAUUGGUCUCUGGAGCUUGGCACGCGGCUGGACAGCCGGCUGUAUGCGCUGUGGAACCGCACGGCCGGGGACUGUCUGCUGGACUCUGUGCUCCAGGCCACCUGGGGCAUCUACGACAAGGACUCGGUCCUCCGCAAGACGCUCCACGACAGCCUACACAACUGCUCCCACUGGUUCUACACACGCUGGAAGGAGUGGGAAUCCUGGUACUCUCAGAGUUUCGGCCUGCACUUUUCACUGAGAGAGGAGCAGUGGCAGGAGGACUGGGCCUUCAUUCUGUCUCUGGCCAGCCAGCCUGGAGCGAGCCUUGAGCAGACCCACAUUUUUGUUCUUGCACACAUUCUCCGUCGGCCGAUCAUAGUCUACGGAGUCAAGUAUUACAAGAGUUUCCGUGGUGAGACGCUAGGCUACACCCGAUUCCAAGGUGUGUACCUACCUUUGCUAUGGGAACAAAGCUUUUGUUGGAAAAGCCCUAUUGCUCUUGGUUACACAAGAGGCCAUUUCUCUGCAUUGGUUGCCAUGGAGAAUGAUGGCUACGACAAUCGAGGCGCAGGCGCCAACCUCAACACUGAUGAUGAUGUCACAGUGACGUUCCUGCCACUGGUGGACAGUGAGAGGAAGCUGCUGCACAUCCACUUCCUGUCUGCUCAAGAGAUGGGGAACGAGGAGCAGCAGGAGAAGCUGCUGCGGGAGUGGCUGGACUGCUGUGUGACGGAGGGGGGCAUGCUGGUGGCGCUGCAGAAGAGCUCCCGGCGCAGGAACCACCCGCUGGUCACGCAGAUGCUGGAGAAGUGGCUGGACGGCUACCGGCAGAUCCGCCCCUGUGCCACCCUCUCGGACGGCGAGGAGGACGAAGACGACGAGGAUGAAUGAGUGGCAGGACAGGAGUGCACUAAGGGAGGCUUACGGGCGGGAUGCCCUCAGGGUGGCGGUGGUGGUGGGGGGGGGGGGGGUGGCAGGCGCACCACAGAUCACGCUCAUGGACACCACAGAUCACAUACUGGCACACACACACUCAUAAUUGCUGACAGUAUCUCUCUUACACACACACACACACAGCUCUCCUCUUCCUAGCAGAGGUAUAUGGCCUGCUAUCAUUUUGGAUCCGCAAAAGAGCGCCGAGGUGCAUGCUUUUUGUGGAGCUGGACAUGGACAACCCCUGCCUGAAAAACACCACACAUAUGUUGGAAUAAUCAACAUAUAUAAAUAUAUGUAUAUUCUCCCGUUAUUCCCCCUCCUAUCAAAUUGUCAAUCUGUAUUACAAGAUUGAAGAUCAAGAAUGCAUGUGAUUGAGGGUGUAUUAUAGGAACAUGACCAGCAUUGAGAAAGAGGGAGGUCUUUAAAGAGAUUUAUUAUGGGCACUUACAAAGCACAUUUUCCAACGAUAAUGUUUUUUGUUUUCUUUGAUAAGAGUUUCUGGUUGGCUUCCUGAGAUAAAUCUGACAUACUAGAUUGAAAUAAGGCAACAGAAGCCAUUGUGGUCACCACACCCUAUAUAGCAGAUUGACUUUGGGUUGUAGGCCUGUUGUGAAGAUGUUUCUGUUGAUGAUAUUGACAGCCACUCACACACUAAAGAGAUUAUUUGUGGCAUAACAACCUAAGAGAACCCUUGGAUAGCAAUGAUGCGCCACUGUCCCUUGUUUUUAUUUUGUUGAAGGGUUUUGUUUCUUUCUCUUGUUUACCCCUGUUGCAAGCCUUCUGAAAUAUUUUUGUUGACUGUAUUUAUUUGUUUAGGAGUGCUAGCAUCAGAGGAACAAUGUAACUUUACCCUCCCCGUUUAUGACCUGCUCUGUUUCCCCCCCAUUUGUGGUUCUGUUAAUUCAAUCUUGACAAAUGUUUAUGUUGCACAAAAAUACAUACUCUUGCUGUGAGGAAAAAAACCCGAUCUGUACAAGUUUACUGACAUUUUGAACAAUGUGUUAUCUAGUACCUCAUGAUGUCACGACCUGGUGCCCCCUCCUCUGGGGAGGAAGGGGAUGGACACCAGACGCAUCCAGCUUCUGCAGAGUGCAUUAACAUUAAAUUAGAAACACUUCUGUCCUACCUGGAUUUCA